AUGGAGAGGCUGGUGGAGGAGCUGCAAAAACCAGACCAGGGGCCGACACCUCCACAGCAAUAUGUCCCGACCGCCAGUGAGGCGGCAAAGGCAAGUGCUCCAAAUACCUCGCCCAUGGCGACGACGUCGUCAAACAACCCAUCGCCCCUGUCAAGGCGGAAGGCUAGCAGCCCCAGCCCGUCUGCUGGAAACCCUGACACCUACCCAUCGCCGCCGUCAGCUACCUCGUCGGCCUCGACCGGGGCAAGGCCGUAUUACGCCGGUGCCCCUGACGAAAGUACGGUAAUCGCAGCAGGUGCUUGCUCCCUGCUCUCGCCGCAAGGCUUGAGUCAAAUCGAGCUUCUCAUUGGGGAUUCGAGGUUCAGCAAUGCCUUGAAAGCUAUGCAACCAAAGGCCGUAGAUGGCUAUGUACAGCCGUAUCUUGAACAUGCCGACACCAACCAUCCUCUGCCUCCAAAUCAUGUCAUUAUGGACUGUGUCAAUGAUUAUUUCGUGACCAUGAACGCUGCCAUACGACUAUUCCAAGAGCACGAGGUACGAGCAGCUCUACGGUCCUACUUCCAGGGCCAGCCGCCCGCGGAUCCAGGUUGGCGCAUGGCCGUCAACGUCAUUAUCGCCUAUACCUUGCGCAAGAGGAAUGGCAUGCGGAAUAGGGAAGAGUAUCAAAAGUACAUUCAUAAUGCGCUGGGAAUGGUACCCAACAUCAUCUUGCGCACACCAUCGGCUCUGGCGAUUGGGGCAUUACUCUCAACAGUCCUUUACUUCAGCUUCACGUCUGAGAACCACAUCGCGCUCACCCUCAUGGGCCUCACAGUUCAGCUCCUCUUGAUGGCAGGUUACCAUCGGUCAGAGCCGGACAUGGCUUUUGCCCGCCCUCAGCAGCUCAUCCCCACGGAGCACCUUCACCGCCGUCGCCUCUUCUGGCACGCGUACGUGAUUGACCACGACCUCAUGCUACGGAUUGGAAAACCUGCCCUCAUUAACGAUGACUUCCUCCUGGACCUCCCCGAAGAGCAUCCGUCCGAUGGAUACAGCAUGUACUACUACCCCAACGACGUGACGCUCAACUUCUUCCUCGAGCAGGUCCGCCUCGCCCAGAUUCAGGGCCGCAUCUCCACGACGCUGUACUCCCGUAGCGGCGUUCCUGCGGCUGAGCUCGAGGCCGAGAUCCGCCGGCUCGAUAAUGAGCUGACGGAAUGGCGUCAAAGUAUCCCGCCGAUGAUUCGCGCAGACAACGUCGAUGCCCUACUUGACGGUGACUACUCUAGGCUGGUGUGCCUGACGACGUUGCACUUCACCUACUUCCAACUUGUUGUCGCCAUCCAUUCGGCUGCUUUUAGGCUGCCCACAUUGGAAGACCAGGAGGGGGUAGAGUCUGGGGACAUAGGCCCUAGUCUGGCGCUGUGUGUGAGCGCAUCGCGUGCGGCCAUCUCCCUGUUGAACUACCAUCAGAUCGAACACCCAUACACGCCGUACCUCCUCUAUCAAAUUGCGUGGAGCGUUGACAUUUUGUUCGUCAACAUUCUCCAGAACAAAAACAAUCCCCGAGCUCGCCGCGAUCUCGACCUAAUCCGCACCGUCAUCUCCUUCUUUGAAAAGUACGACCCGUACCACCAGACCGUCAUCUCGUACCAAAUCAUCAAGGUGAUCGCCGACGUUGCGGCUACGGUCCUCGCAAACACGCCAACCCUGCCUCCGCACAUGCUCCCCGUCGGCCCGGCGGCCACUCAGCAAGUUCCACUCCCGGGCCCGAAUAUGCCAAUGAUGCCCAGCUCCGCGGGUGCGAUGCAGGGAGCUUUCUCUCCCCAGAUGUCCGGACCAGGAACGACCCGCAGCGGUAGCAAAAACGGAAGCACGCCCGAUGUCCUGGGUUCCAUGACGAGCCUUUCCAUGGCAGACCAGCAACAACAGCCGUCGCCAUUCAUGGAUUUGUCGGCAGGACUAGCGCCGCCCAACGACGGUCAGCUCUUCCCCGGAUUUAUGGAUAUGGCCGACUGGAGGCUACCGAUGGAUUACCAGCCAGAGCUGUGGCAAUACGACAACCUUCUGGACAAUCGGUUUCCCAACCAAGAUUAA